UUUGAUAAGUUCCAGGCAGAUGAGCAAGGUUGGGUCGACACCAUCAAAUCUGUUAAUUCUGGGGGAAUGGUGAGGAUAAGUACCAUGGAUUGGCUUGGGCAAUCGCAAUAUGCUUCUCAAACUGUGUUCUGGCCAUCUUUGUCGUCAGCGAUAUCAGAGG